AUGAGACUCUGGCAAACCGUUGCCAUUUACCUACUAGUAUGUUUUGGCGUAUGUUUGGCAAUGCGUAAACAAGGUGUAGCAGUCCGUGGCGUACUGAAAUGUGGUUCUGUACCGGCGAAUUACAGUAAAGUUCGAAUUGUUGACAUUGACUACGGACCGGAUCCAGAUGACACGUUGGACGAAAAAAGAACGGAUGAACGUGGUCGUUUUGAGGUGACAGGAACAACACAUGAAAUGACUCCGAUCGAUCCAGUCAUGUACAUUUGGCACGAGUGCAGGGAUGAGCAAACGCCAUGCUCUCGAAAGAUCAAGUUCACAAUUCCGAAGAAGUUCAUACACAAUGGAAAUCCUACACCUGAACAAUGGAUCGAUAUUGGCGUGAUCAAUCUCGAAGGAGCAUUUGACGAUGAAGGACGCGAAUGUGUUAACUAA